CCUAACCGCAAUACGACCGUGUGGAAUAUACCCACCAUGGAUCCAGCCAGGUCAUCUGAAUACACCAAUGGCCCUAUGCCAGUCAUAUCCGCCAAGAUGUCUGGGCUGCAGCCUUUCAUGCCAGUCCCUCGACAUCGCACCUCUUCGACCAAAUCCCUUCGAAACGCCGCUUCGAAAGACUCGUUCGAAGCGAGCCUGUUUCCAUCGAAAGUGCUGGGUGAUCCAUCCUUUGCUGAGAGCUCAGAUUCAGGAAAAGAGUUGAAGGUGCUCGAUAUCUACGAAUCUUUGGAGGACAUGCCGGCGCCGAUACCCGUCGCUCGCGCAGAUGAGUCGGUCCGGAAAAGCGCCAGGGUCGCUCAACACGAGAAAUCCUCCUUACGUCUGACUACUCGUACGCGUCCAAACUUGAAGAGCGCCUCGCCCCUCAAGGCCGCGCUUACCUCAGCGACCCCUGCGCGAGUAGCACCUGCCCCAUUCAACCUCUCGCCUUCCAAGGCUGCCUCGCCGAAAGUAUUGGCUCCACCUACCUCUUCAAUGAAGGGGAAGUGCGUAUUAGAAGAUUUUGAGGGCCCCAGGCCGGCAUCCCCAGCCUGCACAGCUGCCCCCAUCAUCCGCGCCAAAGUAACUCAGGGUCUCUCGAGUCGUAUGACUUCGAGAGCUGGACGUGGGGAACGUGUGCGCCCGGUAUCACCGCUGAAGGAGUCCACCAGACAAGGUUUGGGCAUACAGCUCGAAGAAGCCCGGUCAUCCGUCGUCUACGAAUUUGAAGACAAUGACCUUGCUGAUAGCUCUUUUGUUUACGAUGUACCGCGAGAGCUGGGUCCGGGAAUGGCGUCAGACGAGCCAGUUGCCAGUAACGCACAACUGGAAGAGCAAGAGACAGUCAUGGUCCACGUUCGCUUGCGACCUCCAAAACCACAGGAAGAGUGUGCUUGGCUCACCUCCCCUUACGAAUCGUCCAUCACACUGGCACCCGCAAUCGCAAUUACGCGAACGCAACGCGAAGUGGGUCACCCGCAUCAGUUCGAUGGCGUCCACUCUGGCUCCUCCAACGCCGCUCUUUACGCCGAUGUUGCCCGUCCAUUAGUUCGCGCAGCAUUAGCGGGCUACGAUGCUGUCGUCUUUGCGUACGGUCAGACGGCUUCUGGAAAGACUUUUACGCUGAGUGGCGACGAGCAAGGUCAGGAAGCUGGCAUCAUCCCGCGGGCUGUGCGUGAUGUUUUUCGUGGCAUCCAGCAGAGCGAGAGCACCCGCGAAUAUCUGUUGCGUGUGUCCUAUCUGGAAAUCUGGAACGAGAACGUCAAGGACUUGCUCGAUCCCACCAACGUGCCUGUCGUUCGAGAUGACAGGCGUAAAGGUGCAAAGGGGACCCUCGUCAAACCCCUGCGGGAGGAGAUCGUCACCUCGCCUGCAGCCGUGCGCGAUUUGCUUCGAAGAGGGCAGACCAAUAGACACGUCGGCGCAACGGACUGGAAUGAGCGAUCAUCAAGGAGCCACACAUGCUUCAAGAUGACUAUCGAGAGCUGGCAAAGAUGUGUCGACAUGAGCCCAGGCAAGGGUGGCCGCAAAGUACGAAUUUCGGAGCUCAGCCUGAUUGAUCUGGCUGGCUCGGAAAAAUAUGUUUCGCAAGGUUCGGACCGGAGAACAGAGGGUGCUCAUAUAAACAAAUCACUACUCACUCUCGGCAAGGUGAUUCUGUCACUCUCAGAGUCCAAUGCUACUAGAUCUGGUAACAGUGCAGCGCCUCCGCAGCACAUCCCAUACCGUGACUCCAAGCUCACGCGCAUCCUGCAGAACAGCCUUUCUGGAAACGCCAGGGUCGCAGUUGUAUGCACGCUCAAUCCGUCACCCAACGCCGUUGAGGAGAGUAUUAGCACGCUCAACUUUGCGCAUCGCGUCAAGAAAGUGACGCUGCAUGCCAAGCGCAGGGAGAUCCAGGAGUCUAGCAUGGGCACUGGAGGAAUGGGGCACGAGGCACAGGCACUUCUCAUGCGGUACAAACUGGAAGCUGAGUCACUGCGAACGCAGGUUCAGCAAAUGCAGAGCGGAGAUGAGCGUUUACUUGAGGUUCAGAGGCGCCUUGACUUGCUGGAAAUGCUCAAAGUACGCGGAGGCGACCGCGGCAAGCGAGGGCAGCCAAGCCUCAAUGACGCAGAAAGCGAUGAGGACGUAGAAGAGUUGAAUCAUCUUCCGGCUCGCCCAGUGUCACCUAUGAAAGGCGGAUCCGCCUUCGACUUUGACGAGCCUUCCCAUCUGCUGCGUGAGAAGCUGUUCACUGCCGAAGAGCGUAUUGCCCAGCUAGAGGAGCGGCUUGCAAAUCAACCGCAACUCUCGCAAGAGGCGCUGAGCUCCGAUGGCCAGCUGAAGCUCAUUGCCGAACUCCAAAGGAAGGUCCAGGAGCUCGAGUUGGUCUGCGAGGCGCAAGCGGCUGAUCCGCCGCCCAAGGUGCGAGAAGACGUAGAGAGGGAGUGGCAGGGAAAGGUGGAUGAGUUGCAGAAGAAACUCGAUCAGCGUGAGCAAUUCGUCGCUGUUCUGACUCGCCAAUGCGAGGAACUGAGACAGGCAAAGAAGCAGCUGUGGAAACUUGCUCAUGGAAAGACUGCGGACAUCUUUUCCACCAUACAUACACCAUCUUCCUCCCCUCGACCAGACCAGCCGGUAAGGCCGGCUUCGGUCGUGGGAACUGUUCGCAUCGAACCUCCUAGCACCAGCGCUAGCCCUCUACUCCGCAAGGCGCUGGCAGACCAGCAAGGAAGGGGAAAGAACCGCCACCCACCGCCAUCUCUGCCAAGCGCUGCUCCUGACAGCCCAUCCUUGAGCACUCAGCGCAAGCGCGGCCGACGAUCCCACUCCUUCAGCGCGGUGGACCACCUGCAAGUCAUGGACCAGAUCGCAGCCAUGGCGGACACCAUGCUUGCGGCCUCGUCCACGUCGGAAGGAAAUGAAGAUGUGCCGCAGCGAAGAAGUGCGCUCAACAGUGGCAGCGACCUCAAGGCCGAGAAACUCUUCCUGGACGUCAGCAUGCGUGAUAUUCAUGCCGAAAUCGCGACUGCAGCACGCGGCAGACUGGUCAGCGGAGAGUUGAAGUAAGGAAGGCAAGUUGUCUUUGGGUAAAAUACUAGAUUCAGCUGUCCGCUCUGCCACCGUAAUUUAAAUUGCCGUAGCUCAUAUACCAUGUAUCAAGUCUCCAGCCUUGCA